AUGGGCUGUGACCCUCCUUGCCAUGGGCUUGUGCCCGUGGACAGGGUCCCGUGUCAAUAUGCCUCUGCAACACCUGACAGGCCGGGACAGCUACUAGAAGGGCCUUCUACCUGCGAAACGCUUAGGUGUGGGGCUCCACACUGCAGUUCAACAAAGCAGUCGCUCUCCCGUGGGCUGAGCAAUUCUAGCUGUUGUUCACUCCACGAAGGCACAGCAGAAGUUCCCACACAACAUGGAAAGAGGGAAUGCACAAGCAACAAAAAAGAUGGCACUUAUGUUGAAGAUCCGGAAGAUCGCCCGCUACCGACUCUGUUGAAGCGUCAACAACAACCACUACAUACGCAACGGCAACCGGGUUCGCAGCUUCCUGAAAAUGUGGUUCAACAUAGGCGAGAGCAACUCCAGCAACAGCCCAUGAAAACUGCAAAUCGGCCAGAGGCGUCCGCAGAAAAGGAAAGCGAUACGGUUGUAGAAACUGGUGUUAAAGGCAAAUGGGAAGGCGCAGCAGACGAGCGACCCUGCAGAGCUGUAGGGAGGGCAAAAGUGAGCAACUCGACUAACAUGCCGGCUGACCGGAGAUGGCGCUUUAAUGAAUUGUGGGCAUGCUUAUCUCAUGGCUUCCCCCCGCCACCUGCUCUUGGCCCCAUCAUACGUGUAUCGGAUAAGGAUCGCGAUGACCCACUGUCAGUUACUAGCAGCUGGUGCACCAGCGAGUGCGAGUCCGAGUUACCGUGCCAGACUAUCCUUCUACCGCACGCAUCGAAUUGCACGACUCCGCCGGUCGGGAAACGGGUACAACAAUGCAUAGCAAGGCAGAUAGAAACUUUCUCAAAGGAUGGAUGGCUUCCGACCAGCCAGAUGGAGACGCUAGAAGAGUCGACUGGCCAGACAUGUAUGCCUGACGAGCACGACCAGCUCAGCCGAAAAGAACAAGACCUCUAUAAAGCAUUUGCUCCAAGAAUGGAAAACGGGGGAGCUUACGAAGGAAUUAGUGUGGCAAACGAAAGAGCUACGCUGAUGACGCGAAGGAUACCUGAAACCAGCCGAUUCGACGCAUUCGAUGCUCGCCGAGAAAGAGUGCCUGAAACGCCCCCGGCUGAUGUGGACUUCAAUAGAGGCAAGAGCGUCCUUCGAGAAGAUCGAUUGUUUUUGACUAACGAUCAACAAAUAUGCAGGGCGCUAAGUGUUGGUGCUGCCCCUCUAAAACUUCAGCAGCUUCGGCAGUGGGACUCCCACAUUCGUCAGAAGUACAACGCCGAUAUGUCUCUUAGGGAACGCUAUCUUCACCAGCUCAACGCUGUAGCAGGCCACAGACAGGCCCCAGGGAGAUCUUUUCAGAAUGCAUCCUUACCACGUGCCCAGCCACACUUAAAGAAUGCGGAAUUGAAACCACCUGCGCACCGUCCGCUCGCCCCAGAGCUCCAGGCGAAAUCGUCACCCACAACUGGAGAAGCAAGCAUCCCCAGUGCACAGGGCAAAGCGGAAGCCUUCAGCCCUAGGCCCGCAAAACCGCCUAAUAAACACGCUCUACCCGUGCAGAAAUCUGCCCGCUCAUCAUCUGUGAGCGUUAUCAAUAAAAAGUCUCGAUUUACCAGGGCUUUUUUGGGUGCCAUGCUUCCGCGGAGCAGUUCAAGGACGCGUCAGUAA